ACAACAACAACAACAACAACAACCACUGCAAAAUAAUUUCACUUUAGCAAAACGUAAUUCAUUAAACAACAGUAACAAUAAUAGUAAUCAUUAUAAUAAUAAUAAUAAUAAUAACAUCAACAACACAGUGUUAUUAAAUAAUCGUCCAUAUCGAUUAACACUCGAUCCACCUCAAACGGUCACAGCAUCACCACAACCAUCAACCUCGACCUUCCUCAACUCAAAUGGAAAUUAUGGAACGCGUCCUUCAACUAACAACAAUAGCAAUGGAGAGAUUUUUGAUAACAAAGGACAAGCUUUUCGAUGUAUACAAAAUACGGAACAGAAGAAUAUCAUGAUUGUUAAUACAAGUAGUACACAAUUCAUUCAACAAACACUCCCGGUAAAGAAGCAACAAUCAACAGCAAUUGAACUUCAUCCUGUCUUUAUCGAUAGCAAUGGAAUGCCAAUAAAUUCAAAUUCAGUUCCAAAUGCAAUAUCAAUUAUUCCACGAUAUACAAGUGAGAAGUAUUCAGGUCCACCGCCUUCGUAUAGUACAGCCAUCUCAUCCGUUACCAACACAAUAAAUGAUAAGCCGCGAGUCAUUGAUCUCACACAAACACCCACAACAUCAACUAUGAAAAUGAUGGAGAAGGCGAAUAGCUGUAAUAAUAACAAAAAUAGUCGAAUGACGACGACGACCUUGAGUGGCAACGGCGCAGAGGAGAAUCGCCAUUUAAUGAUAGCAACACCACAAAAGAUUUUACAAUAUACGCAAACAGAGAAUGGCGAUUUUAUGAUAACAGAAAAAAUAAUGUCACCACAACAGCAGCAGCGAUCAUCUUCAUUGCAUAAAAAGGAUUCAAACGGAAAAAGUAAUAAUAAUGAUUACACGAUAAAGUUUCUUGAUGUUGAUAAUCAAAUCACAUUUGACAUAACAGGUGACGAGGAAGAUGAAAAUAAAUUUCAACAGCAUGAAGAAAAUGGAAAUGAAAAUCAACAGCAACAACAUCAACAACAAGAAUUUGAGAUUGAGGAAAGUGAAUUGAUGAUGAUGAAUCAUGAAGAAAAAGAUGAAAGUCGAAAUGAUAUUGGUGAUGAAAGUGAAAGGGAAUUAUCGUACGCCUCAACAUCGUUGACGUUGACCAAGGAUACUGGCGUUAAGGUUUUAAGCGACGUUAAAUUGACGUCAUCCGAAAUGUUAUCGCCCACUAUUAAGGAUAUUAUUCAGCAGUAUAACAACCACAACGAAAGCAUAAAAAAAGAGGAAGAAGUUUCAUAUGAGAACGAAAACGUGACAAGAGAAGAUGAUAACGACGAUAUAUGCCCAGCAGUUGUUGAUGAUCAUUUUCAAUUGAUUAAAGGCACUGAGAAUAUGAGUGUAAAUAAGAGAGAAAAAGAUGAAGAAGCUUCAUCGUCAUCAUCAACUUCUAAAAUUGCCAAUACUACUGCUGCCGCUUGUACAAGUGUCAUUCGAAAAACAAUAUCAGAAAGUGAAACCUCUUCGUCGGAGAAAGGAGAACCGCAGCCAAGUACAUCGGGAUGUGUUGUAAGCAAACCUAAUGUUGUGUUCAAUGUGAAUUCUAUAAAUUCUAGACUGAAAAUUAAUAAUAAUAAACAACCAAAAAAACUUAUCGUGAAGCUUAAAAAGCCUUUGAUACCAGCAGAUGAAGCUUCAAAGGCAGUUUCAGUAGUGCAUGAUGUUGCAAUAAAAGAUGAAAUGAAUUGUCAAGAUGCAGUGAUUGUGGCAAAAGAAAUUAAAACAAAAGAAGAAAAUGAAAAGGAAAAGAAACCAACAGUUUCGUGCAAAAUGGAAGUUGAAGAACAUUAUGAUAUUUUCUUUCUUGAUCAGCAUGAUUAUGGACAUAAUAGUAAUAAUAAUAACAACCCAACAACAUCAACAUCUGCAUCAACGCCAGCAACAAUCACAACAUCAGAAAUUCCAGCCGAAAUUCAGAAUCACGAUUCAGAGACAAAUCAGUCAUUAAUGAGUAUGGAUUUGGAAACUGAAAAUAUAAACAGUAAUAAUAUGAAGCAAGAACAAAAUAAAGACGAUUACCCAAUCAUUAUUAAAACAGAGCAUAAUGCAUCAUCAUCAUCAUCGUCUUCGUCGUCGUCAUCAUCAUCAUUAGUGACUUCAACAUUGAGUAAUCAAAGUUCAUGUUCAAACUCAAUUCCUGGACCAUCACGAUUAACAAUUGAAAGUGUUUCAUCAGUAAAUGAUAACAACACUUCACCAUUAAAUUUCCUUUAUCAAAAUGAUCGUGUUCGCUUCUCCCCACCACUUUCACCGUAUGUUUAUCUGAAGACCUUUUCAUCAACCCAACAGAACUGUGAAGAAAUUCCAAAGCAAGAAGGAGAAAUAAUGUCAUGGAAUGGAAGUAGCAGUAACAAUGUUGUGUCAUCAAUUCAAAAUUCUGAUCACAAUAACUCAUCAUUAUGUUCGCGAUAUACGCCUUCAUUUGAUGAUAAUCGAAGUAAUUAUACUGAUCUGGACGGUGGAAAUAAUAAAACAAAUUCAAGUGUUGGUGAUAUUCAUCAUAUUCGUGCUCCAUCAACUGAUAGUCUUAAUAUAAGAACAGACGAAAAAAUGCCAGCACGUGGCGAGAUAAGUGAACAAGAAAGUAAUGGCGAGAUUGAGCAGCCGUGGCAUCAUCCGUACUUUCAACUACAAGCUUAUCCAAGCUCUUAUGAUAUAAGCACAGCACAAGAGUGCUGGAAUCUCUCAAAAGCUGAUAGUCAAAAUGCAUGCGAUUCUAAUAACAUUCAGAAUGUGAUAAUCAAUUUUCCUCCAUUGAAUGCACAAAGUGAUGACGUUAAAACUCCUGAUUUAUUGAAAACAAUCAUGCAAACAGUAACGAAACAAGAACCGACAGGAAUUGAUGAUGAAGCAAGUGGAAGUAACAGUAAUUUAAUUGUGAAACGUAAUCGCACAUUUCGAUGUCCCGAAUGUUCGAAAUCUUUCAUAAAAUUACGUGCAAGAAAUCGUCACAUUGAACAAGUCCAUCCGCAUUUGAAGAGAACAAAAAAGAAGAAGACUGCACCAACAUCAACACAGACGAGUAAGUCGGAAGUGACGUCAGUGUUUGCAUCGUCAUCAUCAGCACUUGUGAAUUGGGCAGCAGCUUCAUCAACAAUCACGACAACAACACAAGAAGAGAAAGACAUUAAAGUUCUCAGCAUCAUUAAGAAUGAGCCGUCGACAUCUGCUGCUGUUUUGGUUAAAAAUGAAAUGAAUCGAAUGUUGAUAAGCACAACAGGUUCAAUAAAAUUGGAAAUGGAUCGUUUACUUCUCGAACCGUCAACAUCAUCAACAGCAACCAAAGCACAAUUGUCACAAUUAGGAUUGAAAAUUAAGAGAACUUAUAUGUGUGCGAAAUGUUGUGAACAGUUUAGAACAUUGAAGCUUCUUGAUAAGCAUUUUCAAAUUCAUCCAGCUGAAUGUACAUUAUGUCAAAAGACUUUCAAUAGUUGGAACACAUUCUCACUUCAUCUCAAGCAUCAUCUCAACAUUCGUGCUCAUGCUUGUCGCUUUUGUCCAAAGCGCUUUGUACAACGUCAACGUUUGGUUGAACAUGAACGUGUUCAUACCGGUUCGAUGCCAAUAAAAUGUCCAUUAUGUGAUGAAAGAUUUCGACGAUAUUCCAACAUGCUUCAUCAUCGUUCUCGAAUUCAUUUGAAUAAGAAAAUGAAACAAGAAGAUUUUGUUUGUGAUUGUGGUGAGAUUUUCCAAACAAAAGCCAAACUUCGAUGGCAUCAAGAGACUCAUGAGAAUAAACCAAAACCAUGUCCUUAUUGUCGUGAACGUUUUACACAUCGAAAUUCACUAACAAGACAUAUUCGUUUGUCACAUUCAGAGAAAUAUGUUUUUUCGAAGAGUAAAGCUGUAAAAUGUCCGAUUUGUAACUCAACUUACUUGCCGUCAAGUAUUAAAGCUCAUAUGGCAACGCAUCAGAUUUCCAACAAAGAAUAUUCAUGUUCCAUCUGCAGCAAACAAUUUAGCACGAAAUGGAAUCUGAAGCAACAUUAUUGGACACAUGCCAAUCGAAGCACGAAACCUUUUCAAUGUAACGUAUGUCCGAGUGCUUUUGUACGUGAAACUGACUACACAACACAUAUGAAUGCCCAUCGUUCAAUUAAACCAUUUACGUGCAACACGUGUGGAAAGCGAUUUGUAAGAAAAUACAACUGGUUGCGUCAUUCACGGGAGCAUGAACGUGAGAAGAAGUUUGUUUGUGAAAUAUGCAAUAAGAAAUUCCAUCGAGCUUACUAUUUGACCGAGCAUAAGAGAGUUCAUACAGGUGAGCGCCCAUUCUCAUGUACAAUAUGUGAAGUGAUAAUGGCAAACAGUGACGGAAGCAGUGAUGAGUUUUUUGAAUGCGAGAGUCCAUCGAAGUUGUCAAUUCAACGAAGUAAAGAAAAUCCUUUCGAUUGGAAUAAUUCAACUUCGCCCAACAUCAGUAAUUCAGCAAAAGCAGAGAUCCUGGAAAUUCAAAGACAACAUGAAAUACAGGAACCAACUAAAGGCGAUUUUAAGUUCGCCGAGCCAAGGACGCAUAGACAGCGCUUUAAAGAAUUAAAGUCGUGCAUGAAUGAUGACGAUGACGCUACAAUUAAUGAUUCGCAGGAUCCAUCAAACAGUUCAUCAAAAAGCGUCGAUGCUGCAUCACGAAACACUGUUCAAUCCUCUCAUCCGUUCCGUGUGAUUGACAAUGACGGAUUGUCGAUUCAUUCAAUGCAAUCGUUAGGACGUGUUGGACGAAUAUUGUCUGGAAGUCUCGAUCCAGCAGCUAUGAAUGUCACUAAAGAAACGCAACAAGCACAAAAAGAUUCACCAAAUCAAUUGUCGAGUGGACAAAAGUCAGAUUCAAAUCAAACAUUGGAAGCUUCUAUCUCACAAAAGCCUGAAGACACUCAAUCACAAAACAGCAAUUAUUCAUUAACAAUUCAUCCACAUACAAUCUUACAAGAACCUGAUGUGAUUGCAAGCACAAAAUUAGCACACUCAAUGACAACUGACAGUAUAACAUCAGCUGGUUCUGGUAUUCCAAUAGCACCACCACGUCGUAAGCGUCGUGACAAAAGUCGAAAAGCAUCUUCAUCAUCAGAGCAUCAAACAAUAAUUUCUGCUGCAAUUCCAAAACUUAUUUCCAUGGAUAAAAUAAACGAUGAACUUCAUAAAUCAUCGACGACGACAACAACAAACAGUCACACUUCAUCAAUGACUACAAGCACAAUCGUUGUCAGUAAUGCUUCUUCGGAAUUAAAGCCAGAAGAGACAUUGAGUGAUGAAAUUCUUCCUAGUCCGGCGACUCUUUACGCCAUAACGAAAGAAAUUGAAAAUUCUUUUAAAGAAUCGUCUUCCAUUGAGUCACCGACAAGUGCUGGUGCAACAACAUUAGGAUCGCCAUCAAUUGCAUCAAGAUUCACAUUUAGUGGAUCUCUUAAUAAAAUUCCAUCAACACAACAACAUCAACAACAUUCUUAUCAAACUCAUAAAGGAAGUCCAUCAAAUAGUGUCAAGAGCAACUCAGCUCCGGGACGUGUCAGUUCAAUGGAUCCACACUUUACUAUGAGUAUUCAUAAAGUGACACAAGGAAACUUCUGUGUUCGUCCCCAAGAUGAAUUAAACAAUAAAGCGCCGACAGCUCAAGACGACACAAGAAAACGAUCAACAACAACAAUGGAAGAUAUUGAGCGACUUCAUCAGAUUCGUUCGGAAGUUGUUGAACAUAAAACUGGCGAACGACUACUAAAAUGUCUUGGAACGAAUAGUUUAGGGAAUGACACACGUUAUCGUCCUGAAUCUAUUCAAGAAUCAUCAAAAGAACGACGAAGGUCAGCUGGUGAUGAAGACAUGUUUAAACAGACAAAUGUUAGCGUUCGAAUGCGAACAGAUUCGGGAAAACAUUUGAGUGAUCGCGAGAUUCUUGAGCAAGUGCCGGUAAAAAAUCUUGACACUGGUGAGAACUUCCCUUUAUCAGUUGCUGAUGAGAAGGCUGAACAGUGCAUAAAUCCAUUGUCACUUUACAUCAUGCAAUAUGCUUCACAUAUAAGAGAAUCUGACGAGGAAUCAAUCGGUGGGAUGACGAUUGGCUCUGAAAUACCACCCGGCGAUGAAGAAGAGAACGAAGAAGAGGAAGAAGGAAGAUUGAAGAGAAAGACGGCAAGAAUAAAGAAAUUCUUUAAGACAACAGCACAGAAAGCAGCAAGUAAAGCAAAAUCAAUUGCUUCGGAAGUGUCACAUGCAAGACAUAAAGAAGACAUCGCUGAGAUCGUCGAUGUCGCUAAUCCUGAUCAAUGCAUAAAGAUUAAAGCAAGUAAAACAAAUACGGGACCUUAUGAGUUCUCGAAACUUCAACAUGUUCAAGAUUUGUCAGGUGAAUUAACUGGCGCUGUUUGGUGCAUGAAGUUUUCGCCAUGUGGUCGUCUUCUAGCAACAGCUGGUCAAGAUCGUUUGCUUCGUAUUUGGGUGUUGAAGGAUGCUUAUCAUUAUUUCGAAGAAUUAAUAAAAAAAUUCAAUGCUGAUCAGAAAUCAUCGCCAACACCGUCACAAGAGUCGCUUGUAUCGCAUCAAUCGUUCGAAGAAUCAGCACAAAUACUUCAAGCUGUUGCUAGCACUUCCGGUCCUUUUGUGCCAUUACCUUAUCGAACUUAUUCGGGACAUACAUCAGACUUACUUGAUGUUAGUUGGAGUAAAUCUCAUUUUGUGUUGUCAAGUUCAAUGGAUAAGACCGUGAGAUUGUGGCAUAUAUCGAGGAAGGAAUGUUUAUGUUGUUUUCAACAUCUUGAAUUUGUUACGGCAAUUGCUUUUCAUCCUCAAGACGAUAGUUUCUUUCUUAGUGGAUCACUUGACGGACGUUUACGUCUUUGGAAUAUUCCAAAUAAGAAAGUUUUCUUAUGGAAUGAAGUUGACGGUCGACGUCAGUUGAUAACAGCUGUUAACUUUUGCCAAAAUGGAAAAUUUGCUGUUGUUGGAACAUAUGACGGUCGUUGUUUGUUUUACAAUACAGAACAACUGAAAUAUCAUACACAAAUUCAUGUGAGAUCGACACGUGGCAAGAAUGCAACAGGAAGGAAGAUUACUGGAAUUGAACCGAUGCCUAAUGAAGACAAAAUUCUUGUGACAUCAAACGAUAGUCGAAUUCGUUUGUAUGACUUAAGAGACUUGAAUUUAAGCUGCAAAUACAAAGGAUACGUCAAUGAUUCGCAACAGAUUAAAGCGUCGUUUAGUCAUGAUGGAAAGUACAUCGUAAGUGGAUCAGAGAAUCAAAGUAUUUAUAUUUGGAAGACACAUCAUGAUUAUGCAAAGCUUAGCUCCGUUCGUCGUGAUCGAAGCGACUUCUGGGAAGGAAUUAAAGCCCACAAUGCCACUGUUACAUGUGCAAUAUUUUCACCACAUCCAGAGACGAUAAUCAAACCAGAAAUUGAUAACGAGAUUGGUGAGAAAGAGAAAGUUGAUCCAUUAGUGGAACAGCGAACGAAAGGGUGUGGUGGCUAUGUGCUUGUCAGUGUUGACUUUACUGGUUGCAUUAAAGUUUUUAUUAACAAAACUAAGCCAAAGCACUCGAGUUUGCCGUACACAGCACUUGAUUGA